AAGCCCCGCCCGACUCCGGCCCUGGACACGUCUGCGGCGCGGAGCGGCUGGGGGCUGUCGAGCCAGGUUGGAGAAUUCUCAGACUCCCCAGACCCGGAACUGCGAGCUGGGAGGUGAGAUUCACUGACCCGAGCUCUGACCAUCUUCCUGGAUCGCAGAGGCCUCAAUCCCCGACGUCAGGACUCUCCCCUUAACCCUGUGCCCCCAUGAUGGAGCCCCAGGAGAGUAGCAUCAGGUACAGCAGGUGGGAGAAUAGCCGCCCGGAUGAAGUCCAUGUGGCCAGCGGGCCCAGCACAGAGGAGGCCUCAGGCUGGCAGAGGGUCUCCCAGAAGCUGUGCUCGGGCAAGCUGGGCAUCGCCAUGAAGGUGCUGGGGGGCGUGGCCCUCUUCUGGGUUGUGUUCAUCCUGGGCUACAUCACCGGCUACUACGUGCACAAGUGCAAGUAAACGCUGCCCAGACACGCCCCCAGGCGCAGGGCUGGAGGGACACCCUGUGUGCGAGAACCCUUCCAUGUGCAUGGACCCACCUGCCUACACAGACCACAGUGUACUCCAAGUCCUGUAUAACAGCCCUGCUGUCUAUACACAGCCCCCGUGUUUAUACACAGCCCCCACCAUGUAUACACAGCGCCCCCCAUGUAUACACAGCGCCCCCAUGUAUACACAGCCGCCCCGUGUAUACACAGCCCCACCAUGUAUACACAGCCCCCCCGUGUAUACACAGCCCCCCCCGUGUAUACCCAGCACCCCCAUGUAUACCCAGCCCCCGUGUAUACCCAGCCCCUCACCAUGUAUAGAGGUAUUCCUUGCACCAAUGCACAGAUUCCAGGGACUUGCAUGGACACCAGUGUGCACAGCUGUCACAGGCACCCACAGACAUACAGCCAAACAGGGACACGGGUACAUGGGGGCACACACAUGCACGCUUGGCACUUACCCACCCAGGGGCCCACGUGACUGGGAGACCAGUUCCAACCUGACUGCAGGACACGCCCAGGCUAGGCCUGCAGCCCACGGCCCCCAAACCUCCCUUCUCUCCCUACUGGGGUCCUCCCUGGGUGGGCUUUGUCCCGCCUGGCAGGCUCCUCCCCUCUCUAGCCCUUCUGACUCCCACUGUGGAAGGAUGCCUCUAGGGCAGGGGUAUGUAUGCCUCUCUGUCCAUCCACCCUCCCUAGGGACUGAGUCUUUUUCUGGGAAGAGGGGGGAGAGGGGCCUCAGCCCUUGUCCAAGACCCACUGCUGUGUCUUCCCUCCAGGAGCGUGAGCGUGUUCCCCGGGGCUGUCCACCCUGCCCCGGUGGGCUCUGCAGGAGCCUGGCCCUUCCGCCUGCACCCUGUGGGAGGCCCGAGACCCUGCACUCGGAGGUGGUCAUUAAAUGUCUGUUGAACAAAAACAUGGAUGAUGGUGUCUACUGUGGGCCUCCCCAGUGAGGCAUGACUGAUGUGAAACUGGCUGGAGGGCAUCUGGACAGCGGCUGGGAGGCCUCUCGCUGAGCUCUGGCCUUGGGAUGCACCCAGUCCUGGCCAGGCCCUCUGGCGGGAGGUGGAGAACACGGGGCAGGAAACCCUGGGAAGGAUUCACCGGGAAGGAGCCCUGAUGUUCUUAUCGAACGUUUUUUAUUAGAGGACUGGACUGACAAAAACAUCAGUUUUCCUGCUGUACAUUAAAUAUGUUUCCAAACCUC